CUACUAUAUAUAAUGGGGAAACCCCCCAACGAAGGCCACUCCUGCGUCUCUCACUCGCUCUACGGCUCUCACUCGGAGAGUUUCUCUCGCUCUUCUUUCUCUCUCUAGAAGCAGAAGCUCCUCAAACCCAACCAGAAAACCCUAGCCAAAUCGCCGCACAUUGUUGUAGUUUUGUGAUGGCUUCAAAGAGGAUCAACAAGGAGCUGAAGGAUCUCCAGAAAGACCCGCCCGCUUCUUGCAGUGCAGGUCCUGUUGCUGAUGAUAUGUUCCACUGGCAAGCAACAAUUAUGGGUCCCGCAGAAAGCCCGUUUUCAGGUGGUGUUUUUCUCGUGUCCAUUCACUUCCCUCCUGAUUACCCUUUCAAGCCACCCAAGGUUGCCUUCCGAACAAAAGUUUACCAUCCGAACAUCAAUAGCAAUGGUAGUAUCUGCCUGGACAUCCUCAAGGAGCAGUGGAGUCCUGCCCUGACCAUUUCCAAGGUCCUCCUCUCCAUUUGCUCCCUGCUGACAGAUCCAAACCCCGAUGAUCCUCUGGUGCCUGAGAUUGCGCACAUGUACAAGACUGAUCGACAGAAGUAUGAGACUACUGCUCGAUCCUGGACCCAGAAGUAUGCCAUGGGCUAGGGGCGUCUUCUUGUCUUUGGGAAAUCAAUCUAGCAUGCUUGAAUGUUAUGGUAAUAGUAAAUAAAUAGAUGUAAGAAGUGGAACCGGGAUUUAAGAUGCUUGUUCUUGUGUUUCGUCUGCGUGUCGUGUCGUUGGUUCUGGAGGAGGUCUACGUAGUUUUGCCUUCCUUAAGCAUAGCUAAUGCUAUUUUCAAUAGGUGGUGGUAUAGUAAUUCAAAGUUUGGUGGAAAAUUUAUCCUUAUUUCCAGUACUUGUAAUUUUCGUGCUUUUGCUUGUUUGCAUCUA